AUGUUCGCCAAACUUCCACAUACGCUAACAGCACCUUUUGGGUUAUUGACUGACGAGGCGAAGCUAGCGUUCCGCAGUCGCCCUCAAGGAAUAUCUAAACUGUAUACAACAAGACACAUACCUGAAACUGACAGCUAUUGGGACCAGUAUAUCACCCUCUUUGACACACCCUCUGACGUCUUCUCCCUCUUAUCAACUCACGACAUUCGUAGAGCUCUCCUGGACUCGCCUGAAAAUGUAGCGACCCUCAUUAGAGUUGUGACGUCUCGUCUAUUCAACCUUGUGUCUGACCACACUUUCCCAUCCGCACCGCCAGCAUCUGUGGCAUCAUAUGCCACUUCCUUUAUCAAGACCUCGAGCACAGAGCGCAAUGCAACGAAAGAGGUUCUCAACAGUCUGCGAGUCCUUCAAAGGGUGCUGCCUGUUGUAUUUGAGGUGGAGGGAGAGUCCAACGCAUUCGAGCUCGAGGUACUGUGGAAGAGGGUUGAAGCUGACGACGGAAUUGUGCCCACAGCCGCAGAAGAGACACCGCAGUUCGUCAUCGAGGAUGAUGAAGACAGGAGUGAAAGUGGUCAUGGCUCUAGCACGCCAUCGCAGACUCCUCAACCGAAACAGACAAAAACACUACCUUCCCUAGGAGAAAAAUUAUUCACUUGCCUCAACGAUCUCCUGUUUUGUUGCGGUUUCAGUCUCCCAACGAAAAUACAAGUGGAUCAUUACAAGAUCAAUUAUGUUAUAUGGGAGAAGGGUGUAGGCUCGACGACUGACCCUGGACCAAAUCAUGCAUACGACUCCAAUAAAACCGAGGUCUUACGGCUUCUCCUUGUCCUUUUAUCACGUCAGAUAUACAUCCCGCCUGCCACUCUCUUCACGCAUCCAUCGUUCUACACUCUGCAUGUAGUUCGGAAAACGCCCCGACGCGACGUCUUGACAUUGCUUUGCUCCCUGCUAAACACCGUAAUAAACACCGCCACGACCAACGACAUCACUAUUGCCAGUGUAGCCGGCAAGGUCCCUUACAAUCACCUAGUUUUCAAGGGCGAGGAUUCCAGGACGGCACUUGUGGGCAUGUGCCUGCAAGUUUUGUGUGUUUUGUUGGAUUUCCAGAGUGGUCCGGCCAGAGACAUUAUCUCAGAGAGUGAAGACGCCGCUUCAUCAUCCCCGACAGCACAGACAAAUGCCUUCCGCUUUUUUUUGGCGAAAUUGCAUCGCACGCAGGAUUUUACUUUUAUCUUGAGCGGCAUUGUGGGCAUACUAGAGCAGCAGCUAGCUAUAUCGAACAAUCUAUUACCCGGAUCCAGAAAGUCGGUUCCUUAUGUACCUGAGACUAUCAUUUUGUUCUGGAAGAUCAUUGAGCUCAACAAGAAAUUCCGCGCUUACCUGCUUGACUCAGACAAAGCAGUUGAUGUUCUUGCGUAUCUUCUAUGCUAUUCCCUUGAGAUCAAAGACAAGCCAGAGCAGCAUGGCCUUUGUAGAGCGCUCUCGUACAUCAUUCAAACGCUAUCGGCUGAGCCCGCAUUCGGCAACAAGCUGUCGUCACCGAUAAAGAUCCAGAUACCGACAAAAUGGGUGCCUCAGGGGACAUCUCACGGGACCGCUGCAGAUUUCAUGAUCACUUCAAUAUACUCUAUCAUUGCAACUACGUCAGGGUCCCUGAAUUCCAUAUACCCGGCACUUAUCAUCGCGCUUGCGAAUGCGGCUCCAUAUUUCAAAAACCUGUCUGUUGUCGCAUCUAAUCGUCUCCUUCAACUCUUUACUUCGUUCUCGAAUCCUCUAUUCCUCCUAUCCGACGAGAGCCACCCGAGACUUCUCUUUCUUAUGCUUGAGGUUUUCAACUCAGUAGUAUUCCAUCAUCUUUCUGAUAACCCCAAUCUUUUGUACGCAAUCAUCACUGCACAAAAAACUUUCGAAGAACUAGGGACAUUCACUCUUGCUCACGGACUUCGAGAGAUUCAGCGUGUACAACAGAUCAAGGAAGAGCAAGCUCGUCAGGCGGAACGUGACCGAAAGGAUGGCCCACAGCAAGAACGUGCGUCUACGGAGAGUGCGCACCAGGAGAAAACACGCCUUCUCAGGAAUGAAAGCGACCCCGCCUUCGCCAUUGCAUUGGAUAUCGAGUCUACUUCUUUUUCUCGUCAGGACCUUGAAGCUGGCCUGGUUGGCCAAGAGCAAACCGAGACCCGCCCACUCACUUCACCACCUCCGGAGAACAGUCCAACGACAAGUACCGCAACUAUAACAUCUGUCUCAGAAAAGGCGAGAGGCAAGAUGAGGGCUCGGCGGUCGCUGUCCUCGGACACAAUCAAUGGAGAUCGCAUGGCUGCGGUUGGCGUUGGCAGGAAUGGGUUUUUACCCACUCAAGAAUGGGUUGCAUCGUGGCAACAAGGGCUACCUUUGGAUACUGUGAUGCUGGUCAUAUCGGAGCUCUUGCCAAAGAUCCAGAACCUGCAAGCUGGCAGGCAGAAGGCCAACACAGCGGGCGCUAUCACUGAUUUCUUGCAAAGCGUAACAUUGACGGAUGUUCUGCCUCCUGCACCAACAUUAUAUCCGAGACGAUUUGUGUGGUCGGACGCAUCAAUCGUCUGGUUGACAUCGCUGAUCUGGGGAGGGGUUUAUGUGCACGGAAUGUCGCCCCUCGGGAUAUGGAAUUCCACGAACGUGCGGCUCUUUUUUGUGAAGCACACACAAACGCAACAGCGGCAAAUCACAGACACGAUGUCGAGUGUUGUUGGUCUCUUCUCGCCCACCAGACAAAGACCCGAGCGUUCGUCCAAUCAGUAA